CCCAGACAGAAGAAGCAGAGGAGCGAGGGAAGCCAGCGAGCAGCAGCAGCAGCAGCAGCAGCAGCAGUAGAAACGAACCGGGGAGGGGCUGUUUUUGUCAGGAAUAUUUGAAACGAUCCUUACGCGCAGCUUUGGAUUUACCACGCGUUGUUCUCGUUUUGUAUAUUUGCUUCUUUUCCCCCCCACCUCUCCUGCUUUGACGACUUCCCCCCGCGCCACUGCUGCGACGGGAUACAACCAAAAGGAGUGGAUGUUUUUUGUAACUCCUCGCUCCUCUUGUUUUCAUUUCUUCUCGCACUGAUUUACUUUGCACUGGCCGUUGCAAAAAUCGGCGCCUCUCCCCUUAUCCUGCUCCUACCCUCCUCUCUCCUCUCCUCCUCCUCGCCUACUUCCUCUCCUAGUUUUACCCCAAAUCCCACGCGCGAGAGGAGACGUGACGGGAGAAGAUGCCCAGCUCGCUGUUCGCCACAGAGAGCGGCAGCGUCCACCACCACCACCACCACCACCAGGGAGACGCGCUGGACGACCAAAGGGCUCUGCAGAUAGCCUUGGAUCAGCUCUCCUUGCUCGGCUUGGACAACGACGAGAACGGCCUCUACGACAGCAACGAACCGCGCAAGAAGAGCGUCAACAUGACCGAGUGCGUCCCGGUGCCGAGCUCGGAGCAUGUGGCCGAGAUAGUGGGCAGACAAGGUUGCAAGAUCAAAGCACUGCGCGCCAAAACUAACACGUACAUCAAGACGCCGGUCAGAGGAGAGGAGCCUGUGUUUGUGGUGACCGGGCGAAGGGAGGAUGUGGCUAUGGCCAGGAGGGAAAUCAUCUCCGCGGCGGAACAUUUUUCCAUGAUCCGAGCUUCGAGGAACAAAAACACCAGCGUGAAUGGGAGCGGCACCCCCAUCCCGGGACCCCCCAACCUGCCGGGACAGACCACCAUCCAGGUCCGGGUGCCUUACCGCGUGGUGGGGCUGGUGGUCGGCCCGAAGGGUGCGACCAUCAAGCGCAUCCAGCAGCAGACGCACACGUACAUAGUGACUCCCAGCAGAGACAAGGAGCCUGUUUUCGAAGUGACCGGCAUGCCCGAAAACGUGGACCGCGCCAGGGAAGAAAUCGAAGCCCACAUCGCCAUGAGAACGGGCGGCAUUAUCGAACUACAAGACGACAACGAUUUCCACGCCAACGGGACAGAUGUUGGGUUCGAUCUGCACAACCACGCCUCCUUGUGGUCCAAACCGGGCGCCACCACCAUGACGCCAUCUUCGGUGCGUAAACCCUUCUCCAACUACCGCAACGACUCCUCUUCCUCCCUGGGCAGUGCCUCCACGGACUCCUACUUUGGGAACAGCAGCUCCCGCAUGGCCGACUACAGCCCCCCGAGCCCCGCGCUGAGCUACACCGCCAACAACAACAACAACGGCAACAACAAUAACAACAACAUCAACAACGCCAACGGGUUCGUCUACGGGAGCGACGUCAUCUCUCCAGACUCGACCAACAUGGCGUUCGAUUCGUCGCCGACGUUCGACCCCACCCCGGCCCCCCCAGGACUCUUGUGGUCCCAGUAUGAGAGAGGCAUGACCCCCACAUCGACCGGAGGAAGUUCUCCUACCUCCACUUCAGCCAUAUUCUCCGCCAAUAAUAACAAUAACAACGGGAGACGGGUGAGCAACAGCGGCACCCCACAGCCCAGGCUCUCCCCUCCCCUCCACAGCCAUACAGGGGGCACCGGCGAGCACACACUAGCCCGCAGAGUCCGCAGUGACCCGGGCGGUGGGUCUCUCAGCUUCCCCUCCUCCUACUCCAGCGGCAUUGCCUCUCUGCCCGGACCACACCUCCCCGGCAUCCCCUGUGAUUCGUCAGCCUCUUCCUCCGCCUCCUCCUCCUCCUCGACGUCAUCGGGCACGAGCAGGAAGGGCAGCCGCGAUUGCUCCGUGUGCUUCGAGAGCGAGGUGAUCGCCGCCCUGGUCCCGUGCGGGCAUAACCUCUUCUGUAUGGAGUGUGCCAACCGGAUCUGCGAGAGGAGCGAGCCCAGAUGCCCUGUCUGCCACACUGGCGUCACUCAGGCCAUUCGUAUAUUUUCAUAAGAACUUAUUUUUGUGACUGUAUCUCCGUAUGUGAGACCCCCUUGACAAUAGCAACAAGUGACUCUUUCUUCUUUGAACCUGCUUUAAAGUGUACAUAGAUAUACAUAUGUAUGUAAGAGGCUGCAGUAUCAGGUGAGGGGACAGACCUCUUCUUUGGGCUCCGUCGUAUAGUUGUUCAUAAUAUACUGUAGCGUGGGGAAUAUUUUCAACAUCUAAGUGCAUGUUUUGAAUAUUACAGCAUAGUACUCAAUAGUUCUAGUAAAUUGUACUCUAUAUUUAUGAAUUGUUAAGGACACGGUGGGACUGAUUUUGUUUCCACCAAGAGGUACACAGCGCUGCUCAAAUCCUGACCUAGUUUCUCUCAUGUGGGUGAGUGCGCCACAAGGCAAUGAUAAGGUUGUCAUUCUCCAUACACAAUCACAAAACAAUAGCUGCGUGGUUUUGGCAGCUGGUUGUGUCUGUUACAUUCAAUCCAAUCUGCAAACAAUUGAUGAAAAAUAUGUCCUCUUUUUCCUAUUACCUUGUUGGAGACUUGAUCUGUGCACUGCAGCAUGCCUGGCCCCACCCUUUAAUCCGAUGUCAUUAUUGCUAUCGAAAUCGAAGCAUAUGCGGGGAGCGUCUUUUGGGGGACUCCUCUGAUUCUUAAGCGCUUUCAAUAUUUCACUUUUGCUCCAGUCGGUGUUUCCUGCCUGGUGGAGUCCCAGUGGAAAACCUUUAAACCCAGUCUGAGCAGUGCCUGGUCUCUUGGUGGAAGCAGGUUUUUAGCCAAGCCUCCCAAAUGUAGUGAGGAGGGCGUGGGGCUCCUACAGGACGCGGACGAUACUGCAGCUGUAACCACACGAGGGAGCGCAACAUAUCCUACAUAUAUAUGUAUAGAAUCAAUUUCAGCAAGUUGAAAGUUUUAAUGACAUUCAUACAGAUUGAAGUAUUUUAUUCUUUUUUUGACUUGAAAGAUUAUAUUUCUUAUUGCAAAGAUGUUUACAGAUAUUUUAAUUUAAGUUCAGUGAACUUUUUGUAGCUGGGUUGAAAUCUUGUUUAUUUUGUAGUAUGGCCUUAUGGCAGUGAUCACUGUAUUAUUUUAAUAUUAUACGACAGAGGGAGGAACCCUGGUCCUCACCAUGUGUAUUGCAUUUGACAGUAUUCUGUUGGGAUGGAGUUUUUAUAGGUUUAGCAAAAAAAUGUCUUUUGACUCUGCUUCACCCAGCAUAUUUUCUAUUCAGUAAUAUAAAGCAUAUUUUAUUCUAUAUUAUUACAAACAUUGAAAUGUACAAAACUUAGUAAGUUGAACACAAAGAAACCGUUUAUGCUUUCUAAAAUUUGUAUGAAUUAGAAUCCAGUGGGAAUUACAGGCUUCUGUUGCACCACUAUAGUUUUAGUAAUUCUAUUUUACUACAUUUGUUUACCACUUGUUUAUGUAUAUGUAGGUGACGUUACUUGAGCGUAAAUGUACUUUAUUGAGCAAAGUUUAAGAACAAAGUAUAUUUUAUUUUAUGAUAAAGGGCCUUUAACCUCAUGGUCGAAUACUAAUAUUAUAUUUGCUGAGACAAGAUUUGAAAAUGUAUCAAGAGUUUUAUUUUUCUGACAUUUAAAGUUAUACAUGAUAAAAGUAAGACUUAAGUAAUGGUGCUAA